ACAGUUAAAGGAAUUCAAACAAGAUAGAAGUUUGUCUAAAAUCAUCCGUAAUUUCCCUCAGUGAGAAAAGCCAUUGAAUUGCAAUUUGUUGGUAUCAAUUGGUGGGAUUUCCACCCUUGCAGUCCGAACAUGGAAUAUCAAAUGAGCGCUUCUGAGGAACGGCAAGGGGAUCUUUACUUCAACAUGUCGGAGCAGCAAGCCAAGCGGCUGAUUUGACCCAGGACUCUCGUCUUGGUCUGAUUUCCCUCAACACCAAAGAGCCGUGGUCGUGGUCAUCGAGCGCGGAGAAUGAGAGCGGCAACUGCGCUCCUCGCCGGGCUCUGUGUGCUAACCUGCGUCCUCCACAGCGCCGCCCUGUCCACCUGCAGACCCCUGGACGUGGACCUGAUGCGGAGGAAGAGGAUCGAAGCCAUCCGCGGGCAGAUCCUCAGCAAGCUGCGUCUGCCCAGAGAGCCAGAGCUGGAGGAGGAGCAGGAGGAGCGGGGGGGCGAGCAGGUGCCGGUCACUCUCCUGUCCGUCUACAACAGCACCGUCCAGCUGGGAGCGGAGCACAGGCAGCACAUGGGGGCAGCCUGGGCUCUGGACGAGGACGAGGGCACGUACUAUGCCAAAGAGGUGCACAAAUUCAGCAUGAAACAGCGUGAGAACAGUACGAAGUAUCAGAUCCUGUUCAACUUGACUGAGAUGAGGUCCAGUCUGGGGACGGACCAGCUCUCUCGGGCAGAACUGCGGAUUCAGAUCAAGAACCCGCACAUGCCCAACGGGACGGAGCAAAGGCUGGAGCUGUACCGUGGCAUCGGUCUGCAGACCCGCUACCUCGCCUCGCGCUUCGUGUCCAGGGACUUGGCGGACCACUGGCUCUCUUUUGAUGUGACACAAACACUGAGAGACUGGCUUCAGGGACCAGAUGUGGAACAAGGUUUCCAGUUCAAACCGCACUGUGACUGUGGUGAAAAAAAUAAGGAUUUCCUCUUCUCAAUAUCUGGCAUGGCCAAACUCAGAGGUGACACAGGGACUCUCUCAAUGUACAUGCAGAAGCCUCACAUCUUAGUGAUGUCACUUCCUGUGGAGAAUCAGGAUGACCAGCAUUCCCGAAGGAAGCGUCAAACUUCAACUGCUGAAACCUGUUCAGAGAAGUCAGAGAACUGCUGCGUAAGACAGCUGUACAUUGAUUUCCGUAAAGAUCUCGGCUGGAAAUGGAUUCAUGAGCCCUCUGGUUACUACGCCAACUACUGCAUUGGUUCCUGUUCCUAUGUGUGGAACACAGAAAACAAAUACGCUCAGGUGUUGUCCCUGUAUAAGCACCAUAACCCAGGGGCCUCGGCCCAACCCUGCUGCGUUCCACACGUCAUGGACCCCCUUCCCAUCCUCUACUACGUGGGAAGACAACAUAAGGUGGAGCAACUAUCAAAUAUGAUUGUACGGACAUGCAAAUGCAGCUAAGGAGAUACUGUGCCACUCUAUGUAGAUGAUGUCUUGUUUUAACAUCUUUUCCUGAACUGGUAGAAGAUCCUAUAAACACGGUUACACUGUCAACCUCACAUAUUUAUGCAGCCACCACACAAUUAAUGUUUCCAUGGUGUAUUUACACAGUACUGAUGCACAGACACCCACUGGCCACAGUCUUUUUGCUCUGUUUAUUAAAAAGGGUUUUGACCUGUAAAAGGCAUUGAACUUUCCACCUCUUUUCAAAGACAUAAUACUUGACAUUUCACAGGAAAGUACUGUAUCUGAAAGGACUGGCGUGUGUUUACCAUUGAAGAGAGUGUGCAGUGUAAAAGACUAUGAUAUAACAUCUGGCUUUCAUAGAUUUGUUUUAAAAGAUGUUUUUAUAGUCCUUUACAUAGUACAUUUGUUUUGUCAGUGUUUAAAUAUUUCAGAGAAGUGUCAUAUCCAUGAAUGUCAUGCAUUCAAUUAUAAAUGACUAAAAAAAUGUCUUACUGGCUGAUUUAUGAGUGAACAGUGCCACCUCCAGGUGAAAAUAUGUAGUGCAUUAAUCAGCAACCACCUGAAAGUCCAGUGUAACAUCCUUCAAAAUUAACUACAUACACUGUUUCUUUUUUAGAGAAUUUAGAAAUGUAUCACAGUAAACAGUAAAAGUCUUACAAUACACAUGUACACAUACAAAAUCUUUUUUGCAUGAUGAAGAUGUAAAAAUUGCACAUCAGAAAUGCACACUUGAGUCUGAAUGUCAAAAUAAACCAACACUUUAUGAAUUCUA